AUGGCUCAGGGACGGCUCGGGGACGUUUCCCAAACGUACCCGGAUAUUGGGGACUUCUACAUAUGCUCGGGGACGGCUGGGGACAACAAAAGUGCCAGAGCCAUUCACCUCGUGCACAAGUUCUCUAACACCCGCCUGGACGCUUUCACUUCGGUUUCUGCCUACUGCCAAGAACAAAAGGUUCUGGCCGAUCAAUUAGCCAACGUCAAUGCACCGGUUGAUAAUGAUCGUCUCGUGUUGCAGCUGAUUGCAGGCCUCAAUGAAUCGUACGAAGGGAUUGCCACUAUCCUCCAACAACAAGAACCCCUACCAUCUUUCUACACCGCCCGCUCCAAACUCAUCCAAGUCGAGACCCGUAAAGCUGAACAGGCACUGCUUGCGUCUAAAACUAUCACCGUAUUAAACACCACCACCAGCCGCACACCAACCAAUACCGACUCACCACAGAAGGCCUACUGCUCCGACUACUCCCGGGGACGUGGCAGGUCUCGAGGCCGUGGCCGCGGCCGUGGUUCUUCUGGCCGGUCACGCUACCCGCACCCUAACGCCUACUUGCAGCCGCCCCCAUAUGCCCCUUGGAUGAACUCUUGGUCCGGGUAUCCACCUCCACAGUCCCCAUAA